AUGAACCGCCUGAUCCGGGUCGAUCCGCCGGUCUGGACAUACACCGGUCAGACCCAGAAGAAGAGGCCCGAUUACUCGAGUUUGGAGGGCGCGAUGGAGGCCAUCCUAGCCCAUCAAGGAGAGCAUGAGUAUGAAGAAGUCGGAUGGCAGGAUGGGGACGAGAUCCAGGACGGAGAGGUCCGCUUGGCCGAGCUCGAAUGGCUCGAUCUCUCCGUCCAUCUCCAGAGCUUUACAUACACUCCCGCAGACCAUCAGCAAGCUUCCUGGAGCACCCCCAGCUCUGAACUCGUCUCCUUCAAAUGUCGGCCUGCUAAUAAGCCUACUAAUACACACACUUCCCAGCUCGAUUCAAGGGUCGUGAGGUAUGGCUCCACCCUCCCGUUGGUCGGCCAACUCGUCGCCAUACAGCUUCUUGAUCCUUCUUCUUCUGAUUCCGAGCUCUCGUUGGACCAAACUACUUCCUUCUUUAUUCAGCUCUGA